UUCGCAACCUUGUGAUAACAUCCGCGAUCCUGGCGUCUGAGUUCGAUUCUCCAUAUGAUUCCUUGGGUAUAGUUUUAUACUGUGAAAAAAUCCAUUGCGGAGAUGAAGAAAGUGAUUUUGAAACACUUGACUGAGAAACAGCAGCCAUCCCGCUUGGAGCGUAAUUUUGAAAAAGAAGGUGUUAUCUACUAACUGCCUAUAAAUUUGAUUAAGCCACACAGUUUCCAAGAGAGUAGUAUAACAGCUGUUGUCAUCUUUUUGUGUUUUUUUUUAUAAUUUGAAUAAUCAAUGUCUGUUCUGGGCUAUACUUUUCCGACCGGUUUCUCUCGCCAAGCAGUCGAGAACGAUCAGCCAUUCCGAGAAGAAUCAGUACAACCAGAAGAAUCAUGAAUACUUAAUACUAGCCUUCGGAAUUCACGCCAUCGCUGAAACGCUGAAGUUCAGGUAUUGGAAUAUCUGAACGUUUCUUAGUGUAUUAAAAAAAAAUUGUUGUGCCAAAUGAUCGGCUAGAAGAUGUGCUAUCAUAAGAACUGGCUACAUACGUAACAUACAUACUUAGAUAUAAGUGGUCAUCGGUAUAAUCACAGUAAGCAGUGAUAAUGGCGAACCCUGUAGAGGCUAGUUGGUUCACCAUAAGGCACUGGCCAAGGCUGUCUUGGAUGUCAUCCGUUGGUGGAAUUUUGAUGAUACUUAUUCUUCAAAUGCAGUUAAGUAGUGCAGCGUUGAGAGAAAACGAACCCUGCAUGCUGAAAGAUAACACGCCCGGCAUAUGCCGUCCGUACGCCACCUGUCGGGAGAAAGUAACGAGCAACAAUAUCAAAUUCUGUGAACACAACGCCAAGGGAGCAAUCAUAUGCUGCCCAAUCCGUAAAGCCACGUCCCGAACCACGCUUCGGUCGAGCCGUUCAUUGUGGAAAACUAGCCGGAACUUUCCCACAGCAACCACAGAGAACGAACCUUGCACGCUGGAUGGGAUCCCUGGAACAUGCCGUCCGUACGCCACCUGUCGAGAAGAAGUAGGAAACAACAUUCAGAUCUGUGCCCAUACUGCCAACGGAGCAGUCGUGUGCUGUCCAAAUUCUCAAUCCCGUCUGAGAGCUUUUUCAGAACCUUCCCAACGGAAAUCCAGCCAGAAAUGCAGCGAAUACCAGAGGCUAGCCAACCACGAUGUAGCCGCAGUCGGGUUGAGCUUAGCUUCGGUCGUGUCGAUUUCCCAAGUCCCAACGUGUGACAGUAUUAGUGCGAGUCUGAUCGUGGGCGGAACACACGCAAAGCCCAAGGAGUUCCCGCACAUGGCGGCCCUAGGCUGGCGCAGGCCAUCAGAUAACACCACAUUCUUCAGGUGCGGCGGAACGUUGAUCAGUGAACGAUACAUCAUGACGGCUGCUCAUUGCUUAGUUCAUAUUGAAGGGGCGUUUCCAUCGUUUGUUCGACUGGGUGAUGUUCACCUAUUACGAGAUGACGAUGAAGCGCGUCCUCGGGACUACGAAAUAAAAGAUUACAUCAUGCACCGCAACUUUAGAAGAAAAAAUGGGAUGUAUAACGACAUCGCUCUUCUCAAGUUAACCAAGGAUGUUGCGUUCAAUGAUUACAUACGACCUGCUUGUCUGUAUGGCGAAGAAACAGCUCCUUCCGAAACGGCAAUUGCAACUGGAUAUGGAAAGCUGGCAUAUGAGGCGGAUUUUUCUAACGAACUGAUGAAGGUCUCCCUCCAGAUCUACGAUAAAGAACGCUGUAAUAAGAAUUACGCUGGUAUCAAAGAAUUGCGGGAGGGCAUGAAGGACGGCCAGCUAUGCGCUGGAGAUACCAGGGGCGGCUACGAUACCUGUAAGGGAGAUUCGGGUGGACCUCUGCAGAUCACUGAACAGGGCAAUCACUGUUCGUUCAUUGUGUUCGGGAUCACUUCCAUGGGACAAUACUGCGGCGGAACUACUCCGGCGAUUUACACUCGCGUGGCAGCAUAUUUGGACUGGAUCGAAGGGAUUGUGUGGCCAUAACUUACG